AAAACAUUGAUUUUCCACAAAUAUAAACAUCAAUCUGACGUUCACCAUCAAAUCAAUCCAAAAAACGCCAAAUAUAUGGAAAUACAAGUGGAAAACCUCUAUUUACAAACGGACAUAGGUGAACUGUACGAAAUCGAAGAUCCGUCCGUCAGUCUCGUGACUCUGUACGAGGAUCCGGGUCCGGAAACUCCGGUCAAACCGAAAAGGAAACCGUCAUGCUCGCGCGAGAAGAGAAAACUGGCCCGUCAGUCGGGCAAGGAGUACAUAAACACGCGCAACAUGCUGGUGAAGGCGAAAAAAUUCAAAUACAAAAUAUGCGAUAAGUGCCCGUUCAAGUGCACGUCGCGCAUCACCUACGAGGCGGCCAAGUGCAUACACGACGAGUUCUGGAAGCUGUCCGACACGCUGAAGAACAAGUUCUAUGAACGGACGACGCAGAAGGAGUUCAAGAAGAGGGAACGUAAACGCAUACCGUCCAACGAGAAUUCGAGACGCACCUACAGUUUCUUGUACUUCUUCCACGUCGGUAGCGACAGGGUGAGGGUAUGCAGGGAUUUCUACGUCAAAACGCUGAACAUCAGCCCGAGACGUGUGGCCCAUUAUCACGAAAAGGUGUUCGAGGGUGUGGCGAUGCCGCACGUCGACGGACGGGGCAAGAAAACCAAGAUCAAAAUACCGGAGGAAACGCGACAACUGAUCAGGCAACACAUCAACUCGUUCCCCAGCGAGGAACUGCUGGAGUGCAAGCUGUUGGUGAAGUCACCGACCGCGUUGAACACCACCAAAAUGUAUGAAUUGUACGUCAAACAGUGCAUCCAAAACAACUUGCCGCCGGCAAAACUGUGGCUUUACCGGAAGAUAUUCCGGGACGAGAUGGUGUUGCGUGAACACCCCGAACGGCCUCUGCCGGAAGAAAUGGAAGUUUCCAUCUACGAGGACCCAAAUUGUGCCCUAGAAGACCACAACUAUUUGUACGACUUCGACCACCAGUUCUUGGACGUUCAGAUAGAGGAGGAUUCAAGCCAAACAGUCCAAUGUCCCAAGCCGUUCGAGUACAAGCAAUGCAAGAACUGCACCUUCAAUUGUCUGAGGAGGAUCAGCUACGACACGGCGAAGCAAAUACACGAGGAGUUUUGGCGCAUGAGCAACUACGACAAGAACAACUUCUACGACAAUACCACGGAGAGAACCGACAACAAGUACAGGCCGAACAAACGGGGCAAGCAGGAAAAGUACACGUUCCUGUUCUUUUUUUAUAUUAACAAUCAUAGGAUGCAGGUUUGCAGAGAGUUUUAUUUAAAUACUCUCUGUAUCAGCUUUGCCAGGGUCGUUUACUUUUACAAGAUCAAAUUGGAAAGGAUGAACAAGAGUUUGCAGGAAGAACUGUAACAGUUCUAGUGCAAAGAACGUAGAAUUUCAUUAAAAUGACACUUUGUUUUUGUUUUACAAGAGUUAUUUAUUUUUACACAAUCAAAAGAAUUGUUAUUGUUGAUGAAUAUGUUAUUUGUGAUAGAUUUUUGUUGAAUUUAAGACUGUUUAUUUACAAAUUAAUGUAUUUAUUGUCGAUGUCGAUAAAUAAAAUAUUUUUGA